AUGACAAGGACCCAACAGAGAACAUGGAACACUGGUGGCAUUAAAUACACAGAGGAUAAUCAGGGAACCAGACACAGCUGGGAACAAUCACGGGAUUCGUUGUCUGAUCCGAGGUUUUCUGUGGUUUCUGCUGACGGUGGAGAAGUGAGCGUUGAGUGUGAAGCCCUCUGCUGGAAGCCAGCGCCACUCGUGACGAUCCUGGAUGAUGAAGGAAAAAGACUCACUGACGAACUGGCAAAACAAGAACAAGAUCCCAGAGGAUGUUACAACACGAAGCAAAAUGUCAAACUGCUAAAACCAGUAAGCAGGUUGGUGUGCAGAGUCGAGCAGACAGAGAGGAAUCACAGCAAGGUGGCAGAAAUACUCCUUCCAGGAAUCUGGAAGGAAUCCCACAGUGCAGUCAUUGGCCUCUCAGUAGCAGCAACAUUGAUAGUUUGCCUGAUGGGUUUCAGUUUGUAUCAGUUCAUCAAGAAAUGCUGCAGUUCUGAGGGACGGACGCAACAACAGACGGACACCACAUCGGACCAAAUCAAAGACAGUGACUCCUCUGACCUCUUCAUCCAAACCAUGGAGGACAACAAACUAAACAGCACGAUCGAAAAAAAGGAACCAUAUAUAACCCUAACCUAACCUGAAAUUGUUGAACAAGUCAAGUUACUAGAAAACCUAAAAAAUCUCCUUCAUUUUCCUGAAAGAGACGCUUGAAAUGUCAAAGCCACACCAAACAAACACACCACAUUGAAACACUAGCAGAGCAGAUGUCUUCAAUUUAUCAGGAAUAAAGCUCUUCUGAUAGCUGUUAGAAAAAAAAAUACAUUUCCACAUUUGUGGCCCAACCUCUAAAUUAAGCAUAAAAAAUCUCUGUGUGCCAGAAAAAUUAAAUCAAAACAAUGUUUGCUACAAGACAUCUGACAAAAUGUUUCCAAAUUAUCUUGACAUAAGCUAAGGUUUCAUUUUUAACCUAAAGAAAACAAACACCUUCAGUCAUGAAUGAACUCAUAAUUAAUUAUUUUUCUCUGAACAGAAUUCAUAAAACCAUUAAAAAAUAUGAUUCUGUUCAAUAGUCAGAGCUGACAGCUGUAUGUAACGAUAUGAAGGUGUUGAUUUUUACAGAAAUGGUUCCAGAAGGUUGAAGACAGAAAAAACUGCACUACUUACUGAGCAAAGCAAACCUUUUAGAGAAUUUAAGUAUCAAAAUGAAUCCCAGAUAUUAAGCAUUAAAUGUAUUUUCAUUUACUUCUUCAAUAAGUUUACAGUUUUAAUAAGCACAGUCAAAGUUGUGGUCACUUCCAAUGAACACCAGACUUUCAGCACCUCUACUGUAUUAAAGGCCAUUUUAGCUUUUUGAAGUUCAAUACAUAGAAAUCCUGUUGAAUGUUAUAAAUCUAACAGAGCCGUCACUCCUACCUAAAUAUAUCCUCAGCUGAAAAUGUAAAAAAUCAAUGCCUGCUUUCCAAACUAGUGAGAGAAGUUCAAACCAAUGUAUUUUCUGCAUUUUUCUGUUCUUUAGUUAUAAUAUUAAUGAUGUGCUCUACGUCAGGCUCUGGACGUUUUCAGCUCUUCCAACAUGCAACACUUCAGAGUGAUGACUGUGAUGAAGGGUCAGUGUAGAGAUGUUCCCUGCUCCAGCAUAUCCUCUGGUAAACUGUUUGAAUCUUACCCACUCAGUUCUUCACAGGCCUUGUAAUAAAAUACUCAGGUGUGUAAAAUGAGAGGGCAGAAAUACAUGGACGAUAUCGGCCCUUAAAGACUAACAUCUCUGGAAGAAAUGCUGUAGUCACAAGCUACGAACAUGAGACUUGUAUUUUUACGACCUAUCACAAACUAUCUUUUUUUUUUCUUAGGGAUUUAUAUACAAGGGAGGAAUUACUUGCUGCUCUUGAGCCAUUUUGAUAUUUUUAAAACACGAAGCUGAUGACUAUUUAUUUUUUGUAAAUGGUUCAUAUUGUAGCUACAUAUUUAUAUUUUUAUAUUUAUCUUUACAUUAUUGUGACUUAGAAUAAAGUCUGACAUUUGUCACACAUGAACUUGAGAAAAAAAGGAAGCCUUGAUUAGCAUUGAGUUAUGAUGUUAUCUUGUGUACCAUGUACAGGGUUGGUUCUGGUUUUCCACGUUGUUACUUUAAAAUGUACUUUAAAACUUAAAAGUUUUUGAGGUAUUAUAUUUUCAGAAAAUGACUCUGACUGCUGGCAGUACGGACAUGAACCCCCGUCAGGUAAACUGUUCAGUUGACCACUAUUUUUUUAAAAGUGUUUAUUUUCAAUUAUUGAUGUUCAUUUAAUCGUGGUACUGUAUUAUUAAUGGAUUUGUGAAUCCAUGCUGCUGGUACAUGUCCAAAGAACACAUCCUUUGUGUCCGUUUGUUGAUGUUUUUUAUGUAUUUGUGUUAUUAAGUUACA